CUCCUACCUUGACAACAAGUGUAAAUUAAAAUGGCGCCUAUUGGAGGCGCAGAUUAGAUGCUUAUUUUGAAGAGGAUAAACACAUUAUUUAGGAAAAAUGAGCACUGCAGUAGCACUUCAUCAGCCUAGUCAAUCCGUAGGAUCCCCUAGACACCAAGACAGAAAAGCUCUUGUUUCAUCUGAUGGCAAAAAUGCCUUACCAGAGCUUAGAAAUAGUAACAAUGCCCUAGACAAAACCAAGCCCCUCCCCACCUCCCUACAGAGUGACUUUAUCCCUGAGGAUGUUCUGUUUGCCCUGACACAGCCUCCCCCUGUGAGGGACCAGCUGGGCCCCCCAACCAGAACCAGGAACCUUAAUGUCUCUAAUGUACCAUCUAGGGCUCCUCCAUCGAACCUAUGGAGCCAUAAAAGAAGAGAAAGGUUUAAGCACCUCACAGAAAACACACCUUGUAUUUGUGGGGCUGGAAGUGACAUCUCCUUCCUUUAUGAUGUGCCUCUCCCAGAGAAGAAGCUGGAGAGACCAGAUAAACUCGAUAAAAGCUUCGCAAGAAAGGAAGCUCUGGACAAGCAGAGAAAGCCUUUGGAGCUCCCAGACACAUUAAUUCCUGAGGAAUAUCACAUCAUCAAAAACAAAGGUGUCAUGGGAAUUGAGUUUCACGAGGACAAAUACAGCAAUCAAGUAGAGGACCAUGAGAAACAUCUGAUUGUGUUUCCUUCCAUGAAGCCCUCGAGUCGGUUUGAAGUUGUUCAGUUGAAGAACACAAUGGAUCGUAUGUUGGAUAAGGCUGGGGUAUACGACACAGACUCUGAGAUUAAAGGGCCAACUCAGAUGCACAACUUACUUGAGUUAAUCAAGAAAGAACAGAAUAUUUACAACACAGUCUUUCAUGAAGUCAUUAGACAGGUAAGCAUAGAAUGUGUGGACCGAGGAGAACUGUUAGCCAAUCUUCGCCAGAAAUACAGCGAUCUACUGAACAAAGUCCCGCAGCAAAUCAAGAGUUUACAUGAGGAGGUUAUGGCACAGAGAGCUCUGGACAGAAGACUGACCGAGGAACUGAUGAGGUUUAAAGGCACCAUUGGUAUACUGACCAGUGAGCUGUCUGCAGUCAAAGAACAUGACAAGAAAGUCACAAAGGAAGCACAACAGGCCCAGGAGGAUUUGAAGACUGCCCUGUCUGAGGCCCAGAAAAAUGCCAGUCUUCUGGCGGAGUAUCAUGAUUUGUACGAGUUACAGAGGAAAAGACUGGAGACCUCAGUCAAUUUACUGACAGAGGAGAGAGAACUCUGGAGUAACGCGGCUUAUAGUCUGGCUCUUAAGGUUACAGAGGAAGCUAAUUUGACCACAGCUAAGAAGCUCCACGUGAGUGAGAAAUCCUGGGCCAAACUGGCCACUCACUUCACCAUUCUACUGAGUGACAAGGACACAGAACUCCUGACCAACCUCCAGACACAUGUGGAGAAGUGGCGCGACCUGGUGGAGGAAUUCAACAUCAUUCUGAAAUCCCGUGAGGAAGAAAUGAAAGUCAACAUCAGCUCUCUCAAGGGUAGCAUUCAAAAAUGGAUGCUUGAGAUUCGAAAGAUUUGCUUUGACGUGGAUGAAAAUGCUAGUGUUAGUACAAUGAGGCUCCUUCGUUAUAGAAGCUAUGAAGAUACAAAAGAAGGCCAUUUUCAAAAACCUCCAGAUGAAUCAACUCUGAGAUUGUUUCUAGAAGAAAUGAGAAGUUGGGAAGAGGUACUUGGUAGGGAAGCGGAGAAAUUUGGAGGUGAUACUUUACUGAACGGUCAAGAGAAGUUAACGGUCAUCAGACAACAGAUGGAUGGGUGGACAGACAAUGCCCUCAAGGUCUUCAGUCGCCACCGAAAGGAAGGGGCCAAGAACCACCCAGACCAGGAUGGAAUGAUGACACUUAAUGAGGAAGUAGAGGAAUUACUGAGACAAUUUAAUAACAGAAUCACGGGAGAAAAUGGGGUUGCACCACAUGCCAUUCACUUAAUGCAUGGUCUGGAGACGUGGGAUUUAAAGAUAGCGGCCGCCCUGAAUGGGACCCAGCCCAUCAAUGACAAUGAGUGGGUCAGUCUGCUUAACCUGAUGGAGGAGUGGAUGGGGGGUAUUGACGAUGCCGUCCAGUACGUAGGCUCCACCCAAAAAGAGGAGGACAGGAUUGAGUCAAAACCACACACUAGGAUUGAUGUUAUGGAUACGGUGAGGAAGGUGCAGAAAUGGGCCACCACAGCCAGUAACGCUAUAGACAGUGAGGACGGAAGGCUUGUCGAACAGGUUUCGACACUUCACUCUCAGAUGGUUCAAUGGAUGGUCCAGAUGCUGCUACGACUCGCCCCGGAUAAGGAGGGGAACUCUAAGGAGGCAGCAGACAUGGUCCUCCUAAACAGCCUGACCCUGGGGCAGCUCUACUCCAACGUCAAAAUGCUGUUUGAACAACUGGAGCAGUUCUCAACCUAUGUAGCUCAAAAAUGCAGUGAAAUCUUAUAUGGCAUCAGUAGUCUUCUAGUGAUAGAGGAUGAAUUUCAGAAUUCAAGAUGUUGUAGUGGUGUAGUGAUGGACAACACCCAGGCCAGGCGAGACAACAUGGAGGACAACGCUGAACAUGAACUCAAGGAUUUACAGAGACUCAGGACGGAAUGCAUGGAUUGGAUCCACACAGCUAAGUUAUUAACCAGUCACCUGUUAGAGGAACCAGUCGAGUCCCUGUUCCCCUCGACUACCCCCGGGGAGGAGCCAGCUAAGAAGUCCGCCCCAGAGAAACCUGCCGUGGCUUUCCAUGACAAAGAGAAACUACAACCCUCAGCACCAGAGGCUAAAACCGAGGCUCCACCCACACAGCCAGCUGAAUCAGAUAAAAAACCAGAGGAUGGGGUUCCACCAGAGAGAGAUGCAGGGGAGGGAGAGGAGCAGAAGAAAACAGCCCCAGUACCUCCCAAGCAAGACAAAGAGUCCAGUAAAGAGAAACUGGAAGUGAUUGGUUAUGAUGAGAACACACACACCAAAACUCUUAAGACAUCUGACUCUAAGCCCUCAGCUCCUGCCACAUUUAUACCUGAUGCCCCCAACACACAGAAAUCUUACGAGGCUUUGGAGGCUGUAGAAAGUCUACAAGGACAGCUCAUGGCCACUGAGCAGAGAGCUCAGGCCGCAGAAGACCGAGCUGCAGAGGCGGAGUCCGAUCUGGCCGAGGCUAACGAGAGAAUCCGGGAACUAGAAAAACGAUUGGCCAAGCUAGAAAAGCAGGAGGAGGAGUCUACAGCUGGUGACAAGACCCCAAACAAGACCUCAGCCACGCCCACAACCCCCAGGGAGGAUCCCGCUGCCAAGGAUAAAUCUCCAGAAAAGAAGGAAGAAAAGAAGAGACCUGAGUCGCAAGCCUCUAAAGCUAGCUCUAAAUCCAGUAAAUCCAAGAAAGGGAAAUAACUAUACUGUUCUGUAGCAGAUACAAUGUAUUUAUUUUUGUACUUAAUGGCAUUUAUUUUAAAUACUACGUAUUAUUGAUGAGAAGGAUUUUGAUAUUUCUUUUUUUAUCAAUGUCUUAAUGUUCUAAUACUGCUGUAAAGAAUUUAGUAUACUGCCAAAGUUUUGAGAUAUUUUGGAACACAUUGAAACUGCUGGUUUUGUUUAUAAACACUGCUGGUCAUUUAAAAAUCUUUAUUUUUGUGAUAUGAUUUGGUGCCUACAUAUUACCAAAACUUGUUUCACUUCAUAUAAUUUCUUUAAUGUAUAUGUUGUCAUAAAAGAAUAUUUUUAUGUCAGCUAGAAAAUUUGUUCAAAGGCUAUAUUGAAUGU